AUGCAGCUCUGGGGGCCUCUAGCUUUCUUACUCGGUGCCACCUCCGCUACCGAGGCUCGCACUUUGACCGCCAACUUCGACAUCUUGUCCUACAAUGACGUCUACGAGAUGUUGCAGGACACAGUCGAAGGGAUCAAGCUCGGUGGUCCAUCGCGUGUGGUCCCUAUCGCCAAGGCCAUGCGUGAGUCAAACCCCAACAGCCUCGUGCUGUUCGCAGGCGACACAGUGUCGCCGUCGCUUUGGUCGACGCAGUUUAAUGGUCAGCACAUGGUCAAGGCUCACAACGCUAUCGGUCUGGACUUUGCGUCUCUGGGCAACCACGAGUUCGACUUCGGACUCGAGAACUUCAUGAACGUUACACUGGCCUCGAACUUCCCGUGGCUGAACGCUAACUGCUACGAGAUCGCUAAUCGCCAGCUGCUGCGCGGUACGGUGCCCCACGCCAUCAAGAACUUGACGGACGCUACAAACGGCCACCUUUCCAUCGGCCUGUUCGGCGUUAUGUAUGACAUGCAAGACACCAGCAAAGGACUAUACUGGGAGGACCCGAUUCAGGCCGCGCGUGAGCAGGUGGCGGCUCUGAAGGCUCAGAACGUUGACUUUAUCAUCGCUAUGACACACCAGGACCUAGCGGACGACAACCGCAUCUCCAAGGAAGUGGCAGGCAUCGACCUUAUCAUCGGAGGCCACGACCACACGUCGAUGUUGCAGACCAACUUCGGUACACCGUAUCUUAAAGCCGACUUCGACUUCCGCUCCAUCUGGAAGUCGCACGUUGAGUACUACGCUGCUGACGCUAACAACGACCGUACGUCUCUUAUGACGCACCAGGCUAUUCCGAUUGUCGAGAGUAUGCCGACAGACAACACUCUGGACGCAGUCAUCGCCACGUACCAGGCUCAGAUGGACGCGCUCGAGGAACGGGUCAUCGGCAAUCUGUGCGAGGACCUGGACCUCACGCAGGCAGUCGUGCGCACAAAGGACUGUAAGAUCGGCCAUCUCUUCGCUGACGCUGGCCGCCAGUAUUACGGCGCCGGCUCCGCUGACAUUGCCGUCAUGAACGGCGGCGGUAUCCGCGGUGACAAGGUCGUGGCGGCCGGUAAUCUGUCUCUGGGCGAGGUGCUGUCGUGGUCGCCGUUCGGCAACACGUUGAUGACCAUCCAGACCAACGGAGCGUCGCUCAAACUGUUCCUAAACCGGGAGAUGGUCGGAAACUGCGGUGACAACGUUGUCCAACAGAACGGCUUCUACGUUCAUCCGUCGGGCUUCAACUAUAAGUACACGUGCACCGGUAAUCGCGCUGGCGCUGUGUCAAGUCUGACGUGGCUGAACCACCCGACCAACACAGGCGACGUCAAAGACACUGACGAGUUCGUCAUGGCCCUCAGCAAUUACCUAUACACGACCGAGUUCGCUGUGAUUGAAGGUGUGAACGCCACUGUGAAGGUCAGCGAGGCUGAAGCCGAACGCGUCGACUCGGCUCUCGAGGCCUACGUCUCUAAGGUGGGCAACGAUACUGUGUGCCUACCCGACGAACUGCGCUCGUUCGUCUCAUUCUAA